AUGCCGACUGCUAUGACAAAUGAAGCGCCUAAGCCCCCGGCCACAACCUAUAGUGACACUUCAGAUAGAGGGAGACUACACAAACGUUCGCGUUCUGGUUGCUUCACAUGCCGCCUGCGACGAAAGAAAUGCGACGAAGGCCAUCCCUCCUGCUCAGCAUGCACCAAUCUAUGCCUGAAAUGCGAGUACAAACGACCCUCAUGGUGGGGAAGCGCAGAUCAACGGAGGAAUCAAAAGGAAAGAAUCAAGAUCAAGAUCAAGCAGACAAAAAUGAUGGAGAGACGUGGAUCGCUUCAAGGUCAUAUGGAUCGAAUUCGCGCAGGAAUUAUUAGUGCAGAUUCGCCCCUCAUUGCAGAAUAUGAUUUCAACCGCUCCAGUUUGGGUGAGCCUGGUGACCCAUUCACAUCUCAUAUUCACACGGAAGCCUUCCCUCUAGGUGCAUACCCGCCGCAAUAUGCUCCGUAUGAAGUCGAUGUCAGAACUGAGCGACAGACCUUUGUCAAUGAUAUUCCAUUACGACACGACUCAUCCGUGUCAACAUUCAGUGCAAUGGGGCCGCCCCAGCUCCACAACACCCUUCCUAAUUAUCAUGGAGAUGAAUGGCUACAGGAAGACUGCUUCAGGCAAACGGAGCCCAGUUCUUUCAAUUCAACAAUAAUUCCACAGGGCUACGGGCCUACUUUGCCAUAUUUUCAGACAACAUCAAUCCCUGUGGAGGAUCACGACCGCCCCCUGCUGGAACACUUCGUGGAACACGUUUUGCGCAUGAUCUUCCCUAUCCUUGAAGCGCAUCAACAAAGUGCGGCACGAACAAAGGUUAUUCUGAGCGCACUUGAGACAAACAAGUCAUACUUGCAUUGUUGUCUCAGUGUAUCUGCUAUUCACCUCAAAACUACUGUUGAGCUCGAGGGCGAACAGAUCGACCAUGACAUUAUGAGACAUCGUUACGAAGCAAUUUCCCAAUUAUGCCAGUCGCUUAAUCGCGAUACUGAUCAUGAAAAUAUCCUUGACGCGACACUGGCAAUGAUCUUCUUCCAUUGCUCUGUUGGUGCACCGGAUGACUCUCUGCCCGAUAUUCCAUGGAGCGAUCAUUUUCAAGCUGUCUCAAGUCUGGUGAAUAGGCUUGAGCUAUCAGCAGCGACAUUACCACAACCAAAACCUCAUAUAGUGUCACCUUUUAGCAUGUCCCUUACAUCCUGGAUCGAUAUAUUGGGAGCAACGAUGCUAGGCAAGACCCCUCAGUUUGCUCACACUUAUCGCUCUAAGCACCUGACUGGAACAUCAUCCGGACUACGUGAGCUAAUGGGAUGUGAUGAUCGCAUCAUGUAUCUCAUCUCGGAGAUUGCUUGCUUGGAUUCCUUGAAGUCCGAAGGUCGGAUGGACGAACUCACCGUCUGUCACCAUGUUUCUGCUCUUGGCACACAGCUCGAACACACCGAGUCUGCUGACAAUGUGCUCGCACAUCCUUACUCUGUCACUGGUACCAUUCAACCUGAGCAGCUCACUAGUAACAUCAGCACAAUCUUCCGCCUUGCGGCUCGCAUAUAUCUAUGCAGCCUUGUUCCAGGCUUCGAUCGGAACGAACAAAGCAUUGUUAAUCUUGUAUCUGCAAUUACAAACGCUCUCCAAUUCAUUCCCGCAGGACCCUUUGGUUUCGAUCGAUCUCUUGUGUGGCCACUUCUUAUGGCUGCUUCCUUCUCAACGCCAGCAAGCUCAUUCCGCCAUGUUCUGGCCGAGCGAGCUGCUGCCCUCGGCGAGAUCGGUGAUUUUGGCGCAUUUGGUCGUAUGUAUCGACUCGUUCGGGAGGUCUGGAGACUCUCUGACGAUCCAGAGCCGCCUUUGGAUGACUCCGAUAAAUAUGAUUCUCAGUACUCUGUUAUGAAACAGGAGCUUCCAUCAUCACCUGGAACUGGCCCUUCCAGUGCUCCCACUAGUGUGAGAUACAUAAAAAGGCAAAGCGUGCACUGGCGAGACAUUAUGGAUCGCAAUGGCUGGCGAUAUUUGUUGAUGUGA